AUGAUGUAUCCUAUGAACUCAAGAAGAUCCUAUGGAAUAUUUGGUAGAAAUCACAUGAAAUUUAUUACUUCAAUCCAAUAUCGUUUAAUUUACAAGUACUCAAACAUAGUGUCUUAUGACAACAUCUCUUUCACUUAUAUAAAUAUUGAAAACCGUAUUGGAGGAGGUGGUGCAUCCAUCUAUGGGCGUAUCUUUCCUGAUGAGAGUUACUGCAUCUCCCAUAAUCGCCGUGGAGUGCUCUCUAUGGCUAAUGAUGGGCGGCACACCAAUGGAUCUCAGUUCAUCAUCACACUGCAGCCUGCACUCUGGAUGGAUUACUACUAUGUUGCAUUUGGGUUAAAUCCCAGCUCAAGUAACUUUAUAAAUCAUAGUUUUGAAAGAACAAAGAUUGUUAACUCAAAGUCCAGUGUGAAGAAAAUAACAUCAUUGUGGAUAUGCAUAAUAUUUCUUAGUCCAGAAGAAUUAUCAAUCAUUUGA